UUCUCAGUAGCCGUUGUGGGCACGUCAAGUCCGUUCUUCCAUUUUAAUGUAGCUUAACCCCGCCCGCCUGUGCUGUGUCGAUAGUGUGUACAACAACCCGCAGGGAGAGAGUCGACGAAUCGAGCCGCUCCAGAGUCUCCGUGUUGGAAACGUGUGAACGUUUCGGGGCGAGGCGACCGUGGAGGACCGCAGUGAACGGUGUUUUACUGCAGCAGAUCCAGGGAGAGGAACCUGUUUGCUUUCCACUGCAGGUGCAAGACAAUGGAGAUGAAAGUCGAACAGCAGGACGAAGACCUCACAUUCAGCAACACAGACACUAAUGGUAAACGCCCAGCUGAGGACAUGGAUGAAGAGCAGGCUUUUAAACGUUCACGCAACACAGAUGAGAUGGUGGAGCUGCGAGUGCUGCUGCAGAGCAAAAAUGCUGGUGCUGUUAUUGGAAAGGGUGGCAAGAACAUAAAAGCCCUACGCACAGACUACAAUGCCAGUGUAUCAGUCCCAGACAGCAGUGGCCCAGAGCGGAUCCUGAGUGUGAAUGCCAGCAUCGACACCAUCGGAGAGAUUCUGCUGAAAAUCAUACCGACUCUAGAGGAGUACCAGCAUUACAGUGGGAUUGAUUUUGACUGUGAGCUUCGCCUGCUGAUCCAUCAGAGCUUGGCUGGGGGCAUCAUCGGGGUGAAAGGUGCCAAGAUAAAGGAGCUGAGAGAGAACACCCAGACAACCAUCAAGUUGUUCCAAGAGUGCUGUCCACACUCCACUGACAGAGUCGUCUUGGUGGGAGGAAAACCAGAGCGAGUCAUUGAAUGUAUAAAAGUUAUCCUGGAGCUGGUGUCAGAGGCACCAAUCAAAGGUCGCGCCCAGCCUUACGACCCAAACUUCUAUGAUGAGACAUACGACUACGGCGGUUUCACUAUGCUCUUUGAGGACAGGGGCCGACGACCCAUCGGUGGCUUCCCCAUCCGUGUGCGUGGGGGUUUUGAGAGAAUGCCCCCCGUUCGUGGUAACAGACCCAUGCCUCCCUCCAGAAGGGACUACGAUGACAUGAGCCCCCGUCGGGGUCCUCCGCCCCCUCUGAGCAGAGGAGGACGAGGAGGAAGCCGAGCACGUAACCUGCCUCUUCCCCCGCCGCCGCCGCCAAGAGGAGGGGGAGACAGGUUUUCACAUGGCAGCUAUCAUGGCAGCAUGGAUGACAGACCAAGUGACAGAAGAGGCCGAGGAGACCGUUAUGACAGCAUGAGUGGAGGCGGAUAUGACAAUAAUUCUUCCUGGGAGCACUUUCAGUCUGGCGGUAGAGGCUCGUACAGUGACAUCGGAGGCCCAGUCAUCACAACGCAAGUCACCAUCCCAAAAGAUCUGGCCGGCUCCAUCAUCGGUAAGGGCGGCCAGAGGAUCAAGCAGAUCCGCCACGAGUCCGGGGCAUCCAUCAAGAUUGAUGAACCACUAGAGGGCUCUGAGGACCGAAUCAUCACCAUCACAGGGACACAGGACCAGAUCCAGAACGCCCAGUACUUGCUGCAGAACAGCGUGAGGCAGUACUCCGGCCGGUUCUUCUAGGAAGAAGGAAGCGAAGAAGAAGAGUGAAGCCAUGCUGCCGUACUGUUUGCUCCUUCUAUUCAGAGCCUACAUUCCUCUGCUUUGGGUAGAUGUGCCCCUUCCCUUCACUAGAACACACUACACCAUCUAUCAAUACAGUGCAAUUUUUAUUCAGAGGAGUUCUGAAAAAUCUUAAGCUGUCAAGCAGCAAACAGAGUCAACAACAUGUUCCUGCGCUGGUGUAAUUUUUAUUUUUUAUUUUUUUGGCUAUUCUUGUGCCGUCACUGGAGUAAACCCACGUGUGUGAUGACUUUCGUUGUUGUGAGCCGCCCCUGGCCCUUUUCUCCCUUAUGCAGCAUGCAGAAUGUAAUCUUUUUGUUAGAAACAUUACGUGAGUUUUAGGUUGCUUUUUUUUUUUUUCUUUUAACCUGUAAAUUUCAAGCACACUAUCCAAAUGAAGUUGCAUGGUCUUGGAACGGUUAAAGAACCAUUUAAGUACACUUUGAUUUGUACACAACCUCCAAAACCCUUUUUCACUGUUAAAUGAAGUGCUUUUUGUAAGAUGGGCUUUAAUGGAGUAGUUUGGGAAAUAUUGUUAUUCAGUCUUUGAGUGGAGAAAAUCGAGAUGCUUCAACAUGGUAAUAUGUGCUUUGUUCAGUUAGGCUGGAUCUAGGGUGGCUAACUCAGUCUCUGAUUUUGUGAAGCUGUCUAACAUAGGUUAGUCAUUUAAAGCAUGUUUGUGGCACUGACCGCAGUCUUUACAAUGAAGCUCCACACAGCAGACAGUCUGUUUUUUGUAGCUGAAGUAGGGUUUGUCCACUUAUUACAUAAACCACCUCUCAGCCUCUCUGAGUUGAUCUUCUCCACUAAAAAAGUGAAUUAACUUAUUUCCCAAAAAGUGUAACUCUGCUUUAAGUUGGGAUAAAUGUACCAGUGUGGUUAUAGCAAAAAGAAAAUUUUUAGAAUUUUUGUCUUUCGUUGAAAGACAAUGAGUUGUAUAAAGUGUGUGUAUAUAUAAACUGUAUAUUUACAUAAAAACAGUCAUAUCAUGAGUGAUUAAAUUGGCCCAGACUGCUUAUUCAUUUUUUGGAAGAAGAUGGGGCCAAAAUAUAGGUUUGGUAUUCUUUUGUUCUCUUUCCAUAGAUUCCUUUUCUACCACUCACAGGGAUGGACUCGCUGUAAUGCAACCUUAAUAUCUGAUCUGUUGGAUGCAGUUAUUCGUGCAUUAUUUUUGACCCUUCAUAAGCUUUUUUAAAGUUUUUUGAAAUGAUCUCUGAAGAUGCAGUUUGAUGUGAAGAGCUUUGUGAGUCCAUGAGUGGUGAUUUCUGUAUUUCUGUGUCUGCUAUCUGUAGUAAAUGCAGGUGUUUAGUAAAUAAAGUCUGUAUUACAUUUCACAAA